AGAAACGGAAACUGUGACCAGUGGGGCGGGGAAGGGGGCUGGGCAUCCUAGAAAAGAAAAACAGCAACAAGCUGAGCGGCGGUGACAGAGGGAAACAAAAUGGCGGCGCCGAGAGGGAGCCUCUGGGUCGGGGUCCAUCUGGGGCUCCCGCCGCUGCUGCUGCUCACCCUGGCCCUGGCCGGAGGCUCCGGGACUGCUUCGGCUGAAGCGUUUGACUCUGUCUUGGGUGACACGGCCUCUUGCCACCGGGUCUGUCAGAUGACCUACCCUUUGCACACCUACCCCAAGGAAGAGGAGUUGUACGCAUGUCAGAGAGGAUGCAGACUGUUUUCAAUUUGUCAGUUUGUGGAUGAUGGAAUUGACUUAAAUCGGACCAAAUUGGAAUGUGAAUCUGCAUGUACUGAAGCAUAUUCCCAGUCUGAUGAGCAAUUUGCUUGCUAUCUUGGUUGCCAGGACCAAUUGCCAUUUGCUGAACUGCGACAAGAACAACUCAUGUCCCUGAUGCCAAAAAUGCAUCUUCUCUUCCCUCUGACUCUGGUAAGGUCAUUCUGGAGUGACAUGAUGGACUCUGCACAGAGCUUCAUUACCUCUUCGUGGACUUUCUAUCUUCAAGCUGAUGAUGGAAAAAUCGUUAUAUUUCAGUCUAAGCCAGAAAUCCAAUAUGCACCACAGUUGGAACAGGAGUCUAGAAAUUUGAAAGAAUCAUCAUUAAGCAAAAUGUCAUCAGAUCUGCAAAUGAGAAGUUCACAAGCACGGAGGAACUAUCUGGAAGAUGGAGAAAGCGAAGGCUUUUUAAGAUGCCUCUCUCUUAACUCUGGAUGGAUUUUGACCAUGACGCUUGUCCUCUCUGUGAUGGUCUUGCUGUGGAUUUGUUGUGCAGCUGUGGCUACGGCUGUGGAGCAGUAUGUUCCAGCAGAGAAGCUGAGUAUAUAUGGUGACUUGGAGUUUGUGAAUGAACAGAAGCUAAACAGAUACCCAGCUUCUUCUCUUGUGGUUGUUAGGUCUAAGGCUGAAGAUGAUGAAGAAGUGGGACCUCUCCCUGCAAAAGUGAAUCUUGCUUAUUCAGAAAUUUAGGCCUUUUUUUUUUUUCCUUCUUUUUAAGAAAUAUGUUACAGAAAUUUAGUUACACCUAAAAUUUCUAUUCCUCAGAGAGCUUUUUAAGAUGGUUUCAUUGGAUACAGGGCUUAAGAAUCACUAUAAAGUGCAAAUAAAGCUACCCAAAUCUUUGAGGACUAGAUUUACUAUAACUUUACCUGUAAUUUUUUUUUCUAGUAAUUUAAUAGAUGGAUGUGUGGGGCUUGUACUUUUCUUCUACUUAAUAGCUGCAGUUACUUUAAUUAUUAUUUGCACUGUUGUUGUUUGUUUGUCUCCUUGCCUAAACAAAGGCAGUGAGGUGAUCAUUGUUCUGCCCUACUUCCUGCCGGGGCACUACCAGUCACCUUAGUUAGUGAUCUGCAUACUCGGUGGGUUUGAUGACCCCAAACCUGUGAACUAAGUUAAGCAGGAAAUGCCCUUUAAUGGCACUAUGCUUUCAGUUAUAUUAGACUGAAAUCAUUAAAAUUGUAUCUGAAUAA